AUGGGAACUCGCAAUUCCAGAAGCCUUCAUCUCUACGCUGGACGUGAGAGUCACCCGAUGGAGGACACCAUAAUGAAACUAACAUCAUCGUCGGUGAAUGAACAUACCGCCGUGGACAACAUCGAAUACGAAUACGACCGGCUUGUAGACCAUCUUCACAUUUGUACUAUUGAAGCAAAGACUUUCAAAAACACCAAGAGACGCCUGUCUCCGAGAACUCUAGAGUUAAUACGUCAACGUGGAGAUAUACGAGCCACAGACAACCACGAACUCACUUCCCAUCUCACGAAACAACACAGAGAAGCGACAAAAGAAGACCUCGGAGAGAGAAGAUCGGCAGCACUGGCUGAAGCAGCAGACGCGGCAGGAGUAUUCGCUACACCCAUCGCAGCUUCAGCAGUCGUAAAACAAAAACGAGUGCUCUCCGAAGGCUGGAGGCUUUAG